AAAAGUAUAUGUUCUUAUAUUGAUAACAAUCUCUCUUCAGACGAUCUGACAGUGGUGGCGCUGGAGGGCUGCAAGGAUGAGACGCUACUCUUUGGGUCCUGCUAUAUGCCACAUGAUGGAGAAGCACCACAGACGGAACUUCGGAAGCUGGUAGAAACAGCUGCCAGAAAGAAGCACGCUCUGGUGGUAGGAACGGACGCAAACGCACAUCACACGGUCUGGGGAAGUGCAGAUAUAAACGACCGAGGUGAGUCACUAUUUACCUAUAUUCUUCAAAGUAGCCUAGAAAUAGCUAAUAGAGGUGAAGAACCAACAUAUGUGGGACCAACCUCGAAGAAUGUACUCGAUUUAACACUCUACACAAGCAGGCAUGUUAUGGUUCAGGAAUGGGAAGUGUUGAGUAGGCCCUCAUUCUCUGAUCACAGAUACAUAAGCUUUCAGAUCAAGGAGAUUUGA